UGUGAGCAUCAGCAGCAGCAGGAGUUCAGGUUGAAACAAGCUGUUGAUCUGGAGCUGUCCUUGGUGCUGAACCCCUCAAUCCAAUUACCUCUCUCUCUCUCUCUCUCUCUCUCUCUCUCUCUCUCUCUCUCUCUCUCUCAUCCCUUUAUUCUUUCUCUUCCUUGGUGCCGGUACAGCUCUCCGGGCCAUCCGGUUCACACUUCUUCUCCUUGUGGCUUUCCUCAUGGCGCUCACCGCUGCUGCAGACACACUUCCCGGGACAUUUCCUCUCCUGCGCUGAUACAUUAUAUUCUUAUUUUAUUUCUUUUUUUCGCCAAAAUGUGGAUGUCCAGCGGUCUGUGCGGUGCUCUCGGGAGGCUUCGUGAAUCGGCGACCGCAGGGAAGGCGAAACAGCUCAGAUAAGUAACCGGGUGCUAUGGUGGGACCUCCUGGAAGGGCAAGAGUUCGGCUUUUCCGAAAUAUCAGCAGUUUGCACAGAGCCAUGGAUCAAACUAGGACUACAGUGGUCUGAACACAGCCAGGUGAGCUUGGUGGGCAAGCCUUCCCUUUCAACCACCACCAUCAUCUCUCUGAGCUCACAAGCUCCGGACACUCACACACACACACACACACACACACCACUACAACCUCUGACCGAGGAGAGCCACCCCCACAGUGAGACAGCAGCACGCAUUGCAAACAUGACAGACAGAGUGAGCUUCAGCACACCCAAAGUCAACCCCCGGCCCGUCGCAGGCCCCGUGCUCCCCCCAGAGCCCAUCGACAUUAUCCGCAUCAAGGCCCGCUCACGGCGGGUCAGGCUCAAUGUCGGAGGUCUCACGCAUGAAGUCCUGUGGAGAACGCUGGACCGGCUGCCCAGAACCCGUCUAGGACGGCUAAGAGACUGCAACACUCAUGAGUCGCUGCUGGAGAUCUGCGACGACUACAGCCUCACUGACAAUGAGUACUUCUUUGACCGGCACCCAGUGGCCUUCUCCUCUAUUCUCAACUUCUACCGAACGGGGAAGCUGCACAUGAUGGAGGAGAUGUGUGCCCUGUCCUUUGGCCAGGAGCUCGACUACUGGGGGAUCGACGAGAUCUACCUGGAGUCAUGCUGCCAGGCGCGGUACCACCAGAAGAAGGAGCAGAUGAAUGAGGAGCUGAGGAGGGAGGCGGAGACGCUCAGGGACAAGGACGGUGAGGAGGAGGAGCAUGGCUGCUGUCCCGACAAGAGACAGAAGCUCUGGGAUCUGCUGGAGAAGCCCAGCUCAUCUGUGGCUGCAAAGAUCCUGGCUAUGAUCUCCAUCUUGUUCAUCAUCAUUUCAACUAUCUCGUUGUCCCUCAACACUCUUCCGGAGCUCCAGGUGGUAGAUGAAUUUGGCCAGUUCAAUGACAACCCCAGCCUAGCCCAUGUGGAAGCUGUCUGCAUUGCCUGGUUCACCAUGGAGUACAUCCUCCGCUUGCUCUCAGCACCUAACAAGUGGAAUUUUAUUAAAGCACCACUGAAUAUCAUUGAUCUGCUGGCAAUCCUGCCUUACUAUGUGACCCUCUGCCUAACUGAGUCCAACAAGAGUGUGAUGCAGUUCCAGAAUGUACGCCGUGUGGUCCAGAUUUUCCGAAUAAUGAGGAUCCUGAGGAUCCUGAAGCUAGCCAGGCACUCAACAGGACUCCAGUCUUUGGGCUUCACUUUGCGAAGGAGCUAUAAUGAGUUGGGUCUGCUGAUCCUCUUCUUAGCCAUGGGCAUCAUGAUCUUCUCUAGCUUGGUGUUCUUUGCUGAGAAGGAUGAGGACGCCACCAAAUUCACCAGCAUCCCUGCCUCUUUCUGGUGGGCUACCAUUACUAUGACCACUGUUGGUUACGGAGACAUCUACCCACAAACCCUGCUGGGCAAGAUUGUAGGAGGGCUCUGCUGCAUAGCAGGUGUGUUGGUCAUUGCCCUUCCCAUCCCAAUCAUUGUCAACAACUUCUCUGAGUUCUACCGAGAGCAGAAGAGGCAAGAGAAGGCCAUUAAGAGGAGGGAAGCUCUUGAAAGAGCCAAAAGGAGUGGGAGUAUUAUUUCUAUUAACCUAAAAGAUGCUUUUGCACGUAGUAUGGAACUCACAGAUGUCUUGGUGGAAAAGAAAGAGGACAGUAAGUGUUCUGUGGACAAUCACCUGUCACCCAGCCGCUGGAGCUACCACAAACACUACAGCAAUACAGAUGUGGGUAGCCCAGGCAAGUCCCAGCAUUCACAUUACCAAGAAGUGGCUCAGCUAGGUUCCCCUGAACGGGUCAAGCUUUUAUCCAACAAAGCUACCCCUCAACAUCUCAAUGCAAAGUGGCUAGAUGACACUAACAAAGAGACAGCAACCAUCCCAGAACAAAAAAAUAUUGAGGAGCAGAUGGAGAUGAAAGUAUUCUCAACCCAAACCCUGCAAACUUUACCUGAACUGAACAUCAAUAGAAAAUCCUCUAAUGUGGCUGAUGAUUUUUCUGUUGAAAGAGGAGAAAGAAGCUCUCUGCUCCCCAAUGCUGAAAGUGGUCAAACUGGUGCUAGACUCCAGCGUAUUCCCCCUCCCUUGGAUCUAAGUCAGAUCAGCACCAUGGAGGCAAACAGGGCCCCUGGCAGCAUCCAGCCAAUGACCAUAAUCAAAGAGGGUUUGUAUGAGUUUGUGUCCAGUCCCAGAGGAAGUGGGACUGGAGAUGUGGGUGUGGUGCAACAGAGUGUGGAAAACUUUGGGGUGACCUAUGACAGCAUCUGUAGCUCAUUAAGAGAUUAUGGCAGCCCUCAAAACACAAGAGCCAUCAAGGUUGACUUCAUUGGAUCCCAAGAGGAUGUGCUAAUGGCAGUGAUGACACCUGUGACAACCCCAGCCUCUGCUGGCUCAGCCAAGCUUGCUCAGUUACUUUCCGAUGACAUGGUUACCAGGUUUUCUACUUCUCCUAGCUCCGCAACGCAGGAAGGUAAGUCUCCGCUGUCGAUCUUGCAAUCUGCGUCUCUGGCCCAGCAAUCUGUCAGUCCAAGCAAUUCCCAGGGGGGAGGUGAGGGCUCAGCAGCCAUAAGCUUAGAAGGUGAAGGGCAGCUCACAGGCUUAAGCCACCAGGGAAGGAAUCACAUGGAGAGGUCUGUUGUCGGCUCAGGCAGCAGUGCUAGCCCACUGUCAUCUAAAACCAGCCCACUCAACUGCACCCAGGAGUUACUAACUAUGGAGGGAGGGGAGGAAGUAGAAGGAAGGGAGGCAGUAGAACAAAGUGAAGAGAAACGGGAAAACCACAUCGUUCUGGACGGAAGCCUGACACCGCCCUGUGAAACGAGCAUGUGAGCCCAAAAUUCAGAAAGGUUCACAGACAGGGACCCAAAUGGACGGGUUGAGGAAAAGAUUGAUGGGAUGGAUGACAGCAACUACCCAGAAUAAACUGUAACACCUAUUACCUAAAGAGGACAAAAACACAUUAAUUGUUAAAAAGCUGUAGUUUUUCUGGAGAGAUGCACUCGUCAUAUCUCACAAGACCCUUGGACGUUCACAAGACCCUUGGACGUUCAUCUCUUUUUUCAGGAAACAGACAUCUCUGGAGUGUUGUCACAUGGCUUUAUUGCUGGACAUUGAGGGAAGUCACAAGCAUGUGCCCACUGUCUGGGUUCUAUUUGAAAGACACUGUCUCAUGCCAGUGUUAUUGACUUAUUAUUUGAAGACUAGACUGAUAUGCUGCAGUGACAACUGAUUAAUCUUUAAGGGCUCAGAUGUGAGCAUAAAUGAAGCCUUGUGUGAAUGAGAAUAUUUAGGACUACCCUGAAGAGUAUUUGUGUACUGCUCAACAGGUAUAAUUUACAGUUUCCUAUUGCUUGCUAUUUAGCCCUAUUUCUUACGACGGACCAAUAACACCAAGGAAAGACAGAAGGUGGAAGGAAAUAAUAUUUUUUACAAUUGCCUAAGCAACUUUUAAAAAUGGAUAUUUUAAAAAACUUGAAAAAACAAGAAAACGAUGAUGAGUCUUUGUUCCGUAUUUUGGGUCUUGCUUACUCAUCAUUGUGUCAGACCAGUAUUUCGUUCGACAAUCACAAGCACAUGAUACAGGACUAAAAGUCCCACUCUUAUUACUUCAAUGGACACAGAUAACAUUGUAUAUUCAAAGAGUCCUGAACACUGAUAUUUGUCUCAGUACUUCAACAAUGUAUCUGUUUUAUGUAUGUUUCUGUUUUUUUGGUUGUUAAUUUUUGUCCCUCCUUUUUCUAUUAUACCUGAAAUGAAAGUAGGGUCUCAAAGGUGAAAAGGGAGUAGAAUAGGGAUGCUAAGGCUAUUGUAUUCACUGCUAGAUCAAUGUUUGCAUACACUUCUGGAAUAAAAAAAUCCUAAAAAAUGAAAUUGCUUAGGAUAAAGCACUAUAUAAUCAUAAAGAGACAGGUGAAAUGAGCAGAUAUAUAUAUAGACAUAAAGACAGAGAGGAAAGCGCACAAGUGGACAAGUUUACUGAUCACUCAUGUGCGGGUCAUCACACACUGCCUGUGUCCCAGCUCAGGGGCUCCUCCUUCAGUGUCAUGCAUUUCUAUACAGAAUGUGACAUAAUAGGUUGAUGAAGCUUGACCUGUGACCUUCUUUUCCCAUCCUUUAUCAAGACAUUGACUGGCCACUUGUUUAACGGUGUGUUCAGGUCUCCCUUCUGGAGCCCUUUUGACUUCAGUAACAUCAAGUAAGUAUGUAGUAGUAUUGGAGUUGAUGAAGAGCACCCAAACACACCAUCUGUUUUGGUCUCUGUGAGACUAGUGUCUUAUUUAAGAAUAAUUGCCGUUUAUUACAGCGGGGGUUCUUGUUUUGUAGUUUUGGCCAUCAUUUCAUCAUCAUAAAGACCAGCAGGUCAAGAAAAAUGGGCAGUCAGACAGUCAGAAGGGUUGGAUCCAACAAGGGAAAACAAAGCUAAACUGUAACAAUAUCACCAAAAAAAACAAUACAGUGUACAGACCCACCACUCUAGGGCCUCAGUAUGAUUCAAACAAAGUAUGUGUCUGAUUUGAAUGGGGGAAGAGGCGGCAUCCGAUUAAUCUAUCGAAAUAAGACCAGGUGGCAAUAAACAAAUAAUCUGUCCUUUGACGGAGGAGGUGCAGGUUCACCCUACUGGCUUUCGUCCUGCAGAGGCUUCACUACUGAAGGAGGUGGCCCCUGAAUUCAUGUGGCCCCACAUACUGUUUGUACUGUUCUACCCAGCAUAUAUUUAGAUAUGAUGACUGGAGAGAGAUAAAGAGAGGGAGUGUGUUGGUGUGACUUAUUUUGCAAGGGUGCUGAUUGUAUUGUGAAGGUAGUGUAAGAGUGCCCUCUACAGGCAUUCUCAAGGCACUUGAAUGAAAGGACCUGAUGCCUCUUUAGCACUCUUUGUAAUCUUAUUUAAUGGACAUCGUUUUAUUAGAUUGGCUGUGCAUUGAUUUUAACGCAUGCUGACACAUUCAAACGAACAUUUAAUUGUGUGCACAAUGGAUUACUCGCAUGCACCGAGCAGAGUAAAGUAAAACAUGAAUUAUAACUUUGUUAUACAUACUCACUCUUCUAGAUGAAGAUGUCAUUUUUUUGUUGUCAGUUAAAACUAAACUGCAUUUUUAUAAGAGGAACUUGGAACUGUGUGUUGCUGUUAACAUCUCAGUAUAUUUUAAAAAAUGGGUGCCUUUUCAUAAAUAGACAAUUUAUGAGAAGGUGAAAAAAAACCUGUAUCCUCAAUAUGGCCAGAUGUUUUUUGGGGUUUUUUGUUUUUUUUGUUCUUAUUUUCUCUCGUUUAUCUCUGUUUAGUAGACAUGCUGAUAUGCAAACCCUCAGGUUAUCAGGUUUUGCAUACCUUUACUUUUGUGUUGUUCUCUAAUCAACUUCAGUGUCUGUCAUCUAGUUUUCAUGCAACUUAGCUUACAGUUCUACCCUCACUGUGCCACAAUGUCAUUUUUUCUUUCAGCAAAUGCAACUUUUUGUGGAAAGCAGUGGCUUUGGUUAUGUUCGGUAGUAAAUUCAGCUUGGAUCACAUUGGUGAUACAUAUUACUGUGUAUAUAUUUAAACUGCAGCACUAUACUAAAUGAACAGUGACAUUCAAUUGACCCAGUAACAGUUGAGCAAGCUUCAGUCUGAACCUCAGUCAGCUUUCUCCUUUCCCAAAUAUGCUAUGUGCUAGGCUAACCAGCUAGCUAAUCUACAUUAAUCAUUAGCUGGUUACAUCUAAUAGCUAAUGUUAGCAAAACACAAGCUAAUGAUUGAUGUAGCUACCUAGUUAGUUAGUGUUUUGCUUACAUUAGCUAACUUAUGAUGUGACUAUAUAUAUUCAGUUCAGUUUUAUUUGUAUAUCACCAAAUCGUAACACAGGUUAUCUCAGAGCAUAUAUCUUCCAAUAGAGCAGGUCUAGACCUUACAAAAUUAUUUACAGAGACCCAACCGUGAGAAAGCACUUUGUGACAGUGGCAAGGAAAAAGAAACCUCGGGCAGACCCUGGCUCUAGGUCAUCUGACUCAACUGGUUGGGGUUAAAGAGAGAAAUAGGCCUAUGUCAAUUUUAUAUUUUAACCAUCUGCAAAAUGUGUCUAUUCAACAUAGACGAGCAAAGCACACAGCAUAUCUAAGUACAGGAAAGGAGAAAGUUGGCCAAGGUUCCAAAAGGCACGGGACUUAGGAAGGAUCAAUAGGAUAUGGUUGAGACAAAGAAAGAUGCCACCACAGCAUGUGGUAAAUGAUCACAGUAGGGGCAUGUGAGUCAACAUCAACUUCUGUACAGUAGUUUUAGAGAUAAAAACUUGAGUUGAAGAGCACCAGAGUCCAACUGUAUUCACAGUUUCUUGGACUCUGUAUCCCAAGCAGGCCAGUCGAGAAUAUUAAGAGUCCUUUACUGAACAAAGAGGGAUCUCACUAGAAAUCCUUUGUAUUUAAAAUACGAAAAAAAUGAACACCAUGCUAUUUGCUUGAUAUGUAAAGGAACAGGCCAUGACCAGCGACCAACUACUAUGACCAAAACUUUCUUAAUCCUUAACAACAACCUAUUCUUAACCAAAAUAACCUGAUGCAACUUAAUUAUAAGUAACUGAAUCUCAUUUUCAAAAGCUACAGACUGCAGCUUGGGAACAUGGUAGCAAAGGCACGCUCUGCCCAAGUGAGAAUGAUUUAGUGGUGAAGUAUAUUCUGUACAGUGCUAGUUCACCUCUGUCCACAUGUGGAAGGAAUGUGCUACUCCAGAACAGUACAACUGUGCCUGGUUUGAUGAGAUGUGGCCCUGUGGUACAUAAAGCUGCUGCAGAUCAGGGACCAUAUAAACACUGCUUUGGCUAUCCUAUGCACAAUCUGAAAAAUGACACACAACCUCCAUUUGUUGUUAACAUUUGGGUUUUGUAUAGUUAGAAACAAUCAUACAAACCAGAAACUCAAAACCUGCUUCUUUGUCUCCUGCCUGCUCUCCUUUUAUUUUGUCUUUAAUGUUCCAAAUCUUCCAUCCUCAUCUACUUUGUUUAACAGUAGCCUGUGUGAUUAUUAGUCAGUGUCAUUAUUUGUAAGUCAACAUAAUGAUAGUGAAUGAUAGGGACUUUUGAUUCAGUAACCAAUAUGCAAGACAAAUAAACAUGUUCAUGUGACCCA